CUCUCUCUCUCCUCACCCACCCGCCCCGAGAUCUCCCCCCUCUCUCUCCUCGCGCCCGCUCUCUCUCUCUCUCUCUCUACCUCUUUGAUCCGGCAAUGGCCGCCUCCGCCCCUGCCACCGCCGGCGAGCUGCUACGCAUCGACCCUCUCGAGCUCCGCUUCCCAUUCGAGUUGAAGAAGCAGAUCUCGUGCUCCAUGCAGCUGUCGAAUCUCAGCAACGACUACAUCGCCUUCAAGGUGAAAACUACUAGUCCAAAGAAGUAUUCAGUGCGACCCAAUACAGGGGUUGUCUCACCACGGUCUACUUGCGAUGUCGUUGUGACAAUGCAAGCACAACGGGAGACCCCCCCUGACAUGCAGUGCAAAGAUAAGUUCUUAGUCCAAAGCAUUGUUGCUCCUGCUGGUAUUAUUACUAUGAAGGAUGUCACGGCGGAUAUGUUUACAAAGGAGUCAGGGAAUAAGAUGGAAGAGGUCAAAUUGCGAGUGACCUACGUUGCUCCUCCACAGCCACCCUCUCCAGUUCCAGAGGAAUCUGAAGAAGGUUCACCGUCUAGGGCUUCUGAAUCAGAAAAUGGAGAUGGCCCUGCUGGGGGAUUCACCAGAGCACUGAGAGAGCGCAUGGAGCCUCAAGAAAAAUCUUCAGAGGCUGGAGCUUUGAUUUCCAAAUUAACUGAAGAAAAGAACUCCGCGAUUCAACAGAAUCAUAGGCUUAGACAGGAACUUGAUUUGGUUAGACGGGAGAUCAGCAAGAGGCGAGGAGGCGGCUUCUCCUUUAUCGUUGUCAUAAUUGUUGCUUUGAUUGGCAUAUUCCUGGGUUAUCUGAUGAAGUCGUAAUUCUUUCAGCCAUAUCAAAGACAUUCAUGCAAGUAAUGUUUGGGAACUCAAAAGGACCAUUCAAGUCAGAUGUCUUGCAGUUCUCCGUCCUGUUUUGUCGAUAUAGGAGUCGCGUAUGUGAGGAAUGAUGAGCCAGUUUAAGCUUUUCUUCUUUUGUUGUUAACUUUCAUUGGGUGGGUCGUGCGCAUUGCUGACACUGUAACUUGGAAAAUGCAUCAAUUGCUUUUGUUCACCGUUUAUGUUGUCAAA